UGACAGGUCUGCACUCCGCAGUCGAUGUUGAACUGCCAAUGACAUUAGCAAUGUCACACAUCGCAGUGUUUACGACGUGUCUAGUGUCAGCCAUUUCGCCCAAAAUGAAAUGGAGUUGCUCGAUGAGCAUUUGCCGCCAGAACAAACUUCCCAGAAAGCUGCUACCUGCCGGCAGUCGCUUUCCGUUGUAGACCGUGCACCCGGGCCUGCUGUUGUUGUGUGGGUAGCACUUACUGGAAUACUUCAGUAGUUGAUUGAAACAAGUAUGAAAGUCUUGAACGGUUGUGGUAGCUGGAACUGAUUCUAGGACUUUCCCCCUUUUUAUCAUGAUACCAAGGCAUUUUCUUGGCCGUAGCGUUGCUCAACACUCGUUCCCUGCUGUGGGUGUCGCUAAGCAGAAAGUGUGUCGAUGUGUUCUGACCACCUACUUCUUGCAUGUGGCUUGCGCGGAGUGGAAUUCACAAUAAAAUAACAGCUUCAGGCAACGCAACUGUACGUUAGCCAUCAUCGUGAAAAGGAACACUGCAGGCUGAAUUGGUUUGUCCAGCGGACCAGCUAGAACCAUGAGUAAAACUUCAGGCGCGCCCAUUCGAACUCGCAUAGCAUCGUUGCUGGACUCACUGGCCAACAAUGCGAGGGAACUGGCAACGGGUCGCCUGGAGCUUAGCACCACAUGCCGUUCCUUAGCCCAGCGUAUACAUGAUGCAGCAUCUAAGCAAGAGAAGGCCCGAAAGGCCGUUCUUGUCCAUCCAGCCGGCAUCGAGACUCUCCAGCUUCUAAUAGCGAAUCGCCAGGAUGCGCUGGCGGCCUGCACGGUGCUGCAGAUAUUCAAUUGCCUGGCUACGUCACGGCGACGCUGUGUCCGACUAGCUGGCCACGGCAUUGUGGACAAUGUCUGGUCGCUGCUCAUCAGCCGUCAGAAGAGCACUGAAGCGGGGAAGACGGACAAAUGCCUACAGCAGUGUCUUCUGCUGUUGGUCAAACUGGCUCCAUUCCAGAAGAAGUUUGCAAUACGGGCACGCUUAGUCGGCGGUGUCAACUGUAUCUGUGCCCUCAUCAAGACGGCCACCGGCCUCCACCGAGAACCGGUCCUGAAACUGAUCCGACUUCUCGGUUCGAAUGCUUCUAAUGCUACGGCGAUGGUGAAGAACGGCGCAGUGGAUUAUUUGACAAAGCUCUUGUCCAGUGCACCUCAGCAUGACAUGGCAUUCACCAAGAGGUGUAUAGAUGCACUGCUGGUGCUGUGCAAGCACAAGUGCGGGAUUAGCGGUGCUGUCCAGCAAGACCUACUCGCCGUGACAAUGAACAUGGCCAGCCAGUGGACGUCGAUGACACACAAGUCCGUCAAGCCAGCUACAUGCUCCUCCAUUCUGGGGCUGAUGAAAAGCCUGGCCAAGCACGAAGCCGGGCGGCAAGCACUGAUCAAGGCCGACGGCUUUCAGUUCCUGAUCAAAAUGAUGCAGUCUUCUGGAGGCAAAAAGGAGAUGAAGAAGCUUGCGCUGACGAGUGCCGGCAUCCUGCGCUACAGCUUUCCCCGCACUCCUCUUCCGGUCGUGUCGCUCGGUCCUCAGAUCCGCUUCAAGGUGCCCGAAGGAGCUGCUACUGAUGUUGUGGAGAGCAACGCGGAAAACGACGCCGCGAAUAGCAGUAGCUCUGAGGCAGGAUCUGAGGAUGAUGAACGUGGCGGCAACCCUCGCCCUGCACCUCCAAGCCAGCCAGAGGACUUGCACGACUUCCGCAAGUUCUUUGUCGAGAUGCAAUGCAAUCAAAGUUCUGUACCUUCUGCUGCCCAUCUGGAAGGACUUGCCGCCGCCUCGCCGUGGAGUUCUCUUGAUGAGCAACUACGGGCCAGUAUCAGGGCAACGGUGGGUUUCCGUGGCGACGAUGCGUUGCCGGAGGACGUGUUCCAUCUCUUGCCGUUUGCCGAGCCGGCGUUAAGCGACGUCCAUCCUGAGCUCUCGCCCUGGCGGGUACGAGUGGACGAACCGCAGACCAAGACUCCACCGGCUGUCGGCAAGAAGCUAAUGCUUGACGAUGCAAUGCGCUACAUUGAGCCAGAGGGCUGCCUACACCGGUUGGUAUACGAUCUCGACCAGAAUGUUUCCCAUGCCUACGCCAACACUAACCCGAUGAUGCUGAGUUCAGACACUUCAAAUGACAUCUUCAAAUCUCCUUUGGACCUUUCCAGCGAGCUGGCAUUUGAUGUUCAGCUGCCAUCAACUCCACUGACUCAGUCCACUGCCACACCGGACGCUCGCAAAUUGUCACCGGAAACCAGGCGAGCAAUGGCGGCCACUUCUACGUCGGAACUGGAGGCGCUUAGGUUUGAUUCGCGCUUUGAAUGCGGGAAUCUUCGCAAAGCAAUCCAGGUGCGUGACACUGAGUAUGACUUGGUGCUGAACGCUGACGUCAACACCGACCAUCACCACCAGUGGUUCUACUUCUCCGUCAGCGGCAUGCUCCCUGACGUCAAGUACCGAUUCAACAUUGUCAACUGCGAGAAGACUAAGAGCCAGUUUACUGCAGGUAUGCAGCCCGUCAUGUUCUCCUGGCUGGACUUCCGGGCUCGCUGUAUGAAUGCAGCAGCAUCAGCUGGUGGCGGUUGUGCUGCAUCUGAACUCAACAGUAGACCAGAAGAUGCUCCUGAGCAAGCCAGCGAUGAAGAUGCCUUCCUUCAGUGGAAGAGAGUUGGCACAGACAUCGCGUAUCAUAGCAACCACGUAUGCCGAUGCUCCGAGCCGGCGGCGCAGCGUAAUGACCGGCUCCUGUCCACGGCCAAAACCUUCUACACGCUGUCGUUUUCCGUUACGUUUCCGAACGCUGGCGACAUCUGCUACCUGGCGUACCACUACCCGUACACCUACACACGACUGCAGAGGGUCUUGUCCAGCCUGCACGUGGAUGAAGAGGAUGUAUAUUUACGUCGCCAGUUAUUGUGCAAGACUCUCACCGGAAACGAUUGCCAUCUACUGACAAUCGGAUCACCAGAUUUAGCUGCCACCGAGGACUCAAAUCCCAAUCCAGAGAAGAAUGAGGCGUCAGCUAGCAACCACAGCGGCAAACAGUACAUCGUCAUCUCUAGCCGUGUUCACCCCGGAGAGAGCAACAGUAGCUGGGUGAUGGAAGGUAUCUUGCAGUUCCUAGUGAGUGCACAUCCGCUGGCGGUGAAGCUGCGCGAACGCUACAUCUUCAAAGUUGUGCCUAUGCUAAACCCGGAUGGCGUUGUGAAUGGGCACCACCGGUGCAGCCUGUCCGGCAAUGAUCUGAACCGCCAGUGGAUCACACCGUGUCCAGUGCGCCACCCGACGAUCUACCACACCAAAUGCCUGCUACAGUACCUUUUCGCUACGGGCAGCAAUGCCAGGCUAUUCUGUGACCUUCACGGGCACUCCCGUCGCAAGAACAUCUUCACCUUUGGCUGUCUCGACCACCUAGAUCAACUGGACAGACGGGAGGAGGAGGUCUUUCCCAACCUGCUGGCGUCCGUAGCGCCCGCGUUUGCGCGGAAAAACUGCACGUUUGAUGUGGAUAAAUCCAAGGAGGCCACCGCACGUGUUGUAGGAUGGCGAGAGCUGGGCAUUGUGGCGUGCUACACUAUGGAGAGUACGUAUUGUGGUGCUGACCAGGGACAGUACAAGGGCUUGCAGUUCUCGCCGUACCACCUGAAAGAGAUGGGCGAAGCUUUCUGCCAGGCGUUGCUCUUGCUCGACCAUCCCGGUGGCCGUGCGUCCGCAUUGCGGGCCGAUGACGUUCUGGCCAGUGCACGGCGUGUGCCUCCGGCGACGUUUGCCACUCCGGAGAGCGACGAAGAGGAACCGGAGCGGAAGGCAGCUGGAAGAAAGCUGAACAAGAAGGCUGGAGCGAAAGGCAUCAGCAGCAAAAACCGAGCAAAGCGUGGAGAUGAUGAUGAUGAGGAGGAGGAGGAAGACGAGGAAGAGCAGCAAGCGCAGGCAUGUGCAGCUAGCAGCGAUGUCGAUGAGGCGAGCUAUGAAGCGGACGAUGUCGACGGCGAAUUUGGCGCUGGUGACGAUCUCGAUGAUUUCGAUGAUGCUCUUGAUGAGGAAGAUGAUGACGAUGCGUUGCAGGAUGGUAGCGAUGAAGAGGAGGUCUGAGUGUGAACUAAGCAAACGGUCGCGUUCAACAUUGUACGGCAAAAGCUCCACUGAUCAGAAUUCAGUGCGGCAAGAGGAACUGACUAGUAAGCUAUGGUAGAAAUGUGUAGUGGCGAUGUGGGGGUGAUUGUACAUUGAGAGAUUGUCUGGACAUUUUUGCAUGGUAACGUUAUUAUAUACUCACACCGAUCAAGCAGUCUACAAGACACUCGCUGUCAUUACAAAUGUAGUUUUUCCGUUUGGUACAAGUACAUGUAAAUUAUCCACCCAGUCUUUUUUUUUUACCGAUGGAAACUCCAUAACUGCAUCGUCAUGUUUAUCUAUUUGCCGCUGCUUGAAGCGUGUCUUAUCUUUGUUCCACAAAUUGUCAAGUACAGCAGUGCCCUAACUUUAAGGUGCAAACCGAUCAAACCUAUUUCUAUUUAUCAUGGAUUUACCAUGGUUUUAUUGCUUGUUUCUCUUCUAAUGCCAGUCUUGGUGUGAUGAACAUCGACCCUACCCGCCGGUUGUCUUAUUUUGUCUUCAAGUGAUUCCCCACUUUCUGAAGUGAUUUCCCCACUUUCUGAAGUCAUUUCUAUUCAAUUUAUACUGUAUAUUCCCGACUUGCCCAGAUGGCACUGGCGGAAGUUUUGACGGCCAUAUCAUGGUUUUUUUUUGGUGUUGUAAUAUCAUGAAUACAGGAAUGCUGUGCUUGCAGUAGCGUCUCUGGCAGGUAUCUAUUAUCAAAGUAGCAGGCUGUCGGUGUAGUAGUGUGCUGGUCUACAAUGUAGUUGUAGUUCUUAUGUUCUGUGACCUGAUCUCCACGUUCUCCAGCUGCCCACAAACUAACUCAGUGUUGUGUCUUGCUUCUACA